AUGGCAACAGACGCACACGUUAAAGCUGUCACAACUAACUACAACAUCACUCCAAGAGUUGACUACAGAACAGUACUUGAUGUCGAGGGUCCUCUCGUCGUUCUUGACAAUGUUAAGUUCCCCAAAUAUGCAGAGAUUGUAAAUGUAAAACUAGGAGAUGGAUCCAUGAGAAAGGGUCAAGUCCUCGAAAUCUGUGGUAAGAGAGCCGUCGUACAGAUCUUCGAAGGUACUUCAGGUAUUGAUAAUUUACAUACCCAUUGCGAGUUCACUGGUGAUGUACUCCGUAUGCCAAUCAGUAUUGAGAUGUUGGGAAGAUCAUUCAAUGGUUCAGGUACCCCCAUCGAUCACGGCCCCCCAGUCUUGGCUGAGAAAUUCUUAGAUAUUCAGGGUCAACCCAUUAAUCCUUACUAAAGAGUUUACCCACAGGAGAUGAUCCAAACUGGUAUCUCCGCUAUUGAUGUCAUGAACUCCAUUGCUAGAGGUCAAAAGAUUCCUCUUUUCUCAGCUGCUGGUCUUCCUCACAAUGAAAUCGGUGCUCAAAUUUGUAGACAAGCCUCAUUGGUUAAGCAAAAGGAUAUUCACGAUCACUCAAAUGAAAACUUCGCUAUCGUUUUCGCUGCUAUGGGAGUCAACAUGGAAACUGCUAGAUUCUUCAAGACUGACUUCGAAGUAUAUGGUUCUAUGGAUAGAGUCGUUCUCUUCAUGAACUUGGCCAAUGAUCCAACCAUCGAAAGAAUUAUUACUCCAAGACUCGCUCUUACCACUGCUGAGUAUCUUGCCUAUGAAGAGGAAAUGCACGUACUUACCAUCUUGACUGAUAUGAGUUCUUACGCCAACGCCUUGAGAGAAAUCUCAGCCGCUAGAGAGGAAGUCCCAGGUAGAAGAGGUUAUCCAGGUUAUAUGUAUACUGAUCUUUCAACUAUCUAUGAAAGAGCUGGUAGAGUUACUGGCAAAAAUGGUUCCAUCACCCAAUUGCCCAUUUUGACCAUGCCAAAUGAUGAUAUCACCCAUCCAAUUCCAGAUCUUACUGGUUAUAUCACAGAAGGUCAAAUAUUCAUCGACAGAAACUUGCACAACAGACAGAUCUAUCCACCCAUUAAUGUGCUCCCAUCUCUAUCUCGUUUAAUGAAGUCUGCUAUCGGUGAGGGCUUCACUAGAGUUGAUCACCCAGAAGUCUCAAAUCAAUUAUAUGCUUUCUACGCUAUCGGUAAAGAUACUCAAGCCAUGAAGGCCGUCGUCGGAGAGGAAGCCUUGACUGAAGAGGAUAGACUUUAUCUUGAAUUCUUAGAGAGAUUCGAAGGUCAGUUCCUUAGACAAGGAUCAUAUGAUUCCAGAGAUAUCUUCAAGUCCCUCGACACUGCAUGGUCUCUUCUCAGACUUUUCCCAGAAAAGAUGCUUAAGAAGAUUAGUCCCAAGAAUCUCGAGAAGUUCUACAAGAGAAAGGACGAACUCGAGAGAAUCGAAAGAGAAAAGAAAGAGGAAGCCAAGGACAAAUGA